AAAGGACACAGUGGAGCCGUCCUCCAGAGGUGCAGCAGCACUCCGCCACCACCACAGCUCUGUUUCUAUGUAGCGCCGUCACAGUGCAGACAGAGGUUGUAAACAUGGCGGCGGACGGGAUGGUGCUCACCAACCACGACCAUCAGACCCGAGUGGGGAUUCUGACAGUCAGUGACAGCUGCUACAAGAACUUGGCUGAGGACAGGAGUGGAGUCAACCUGAAGGACCUGGUCCAUGAUCCCUCUCUACUAGGAGGAGUCAUUUCUGCCUACAAAAUUGUUCCAGAUGAGAUUGAUGAAAUCAAGGAAACUCUUCUGGAGUGGUGUGAUGAACAGGAGCUGAAUCUUAUUCUCACCACUGGAGGAACUGGCUUUGCACCCCGAGAUGUUACACCUGAGGCCACCAGAGAGGUGAUAGAGCGAGAGGCCCCGGGUAUGGCUCUAGCCAUGCUGAUGGGUUCCCUCAACGUUACACCACUAGGCAUGCUGUCCAGGCCCGUUUGUGGGAUUCGUGGUAAAACCUUGAUCAUCAACCUUCCAGGGAGCAAGAAAGGCUCCCAGGAGUGUUUCCAGUUCAUCCUGCCAGCGCUGCCCCACGCCAUCGACCUGCUGCGCGAGGCCACGGUCCGGGUUAAAUCCACGCACGCCGCCCUGGAACAGCUGCCAUCGCCUUCCCCUCUGCUGGCCAACACGCACACCAACACACACUCCAACACACACACCAUGGAGCGCGGCACCCAGUGUGAGGAAGAGGAGGACGAAGAGGAGGACAGGAGGAGAGGUCGACACGUGCACAACCACCACCAUCACCAGCACGGCUCCUCCCACAUCACCGCAGCCGCUAUCGCUGCCAAGAUCCCGGACUCGAUCAUUUCUCGAGGCGUUCAGGUGCUUCCUCGAGAUUCGGCCUCUUUAAGCUCCACCCCCUCCGAGUCACCGCGGGCAACACAGGCGACCUCCCGCCUUUCCACCGCCUCAUGCCCGACACCCAAGGUUCAGUCACGAUGUGGCAGUAAUGAGAACAUUCUGAGAGCCAGCCACAGUGCGGUGGACAUCAGUAAAGUGGCACGCCGUCACCGCAUGUCUCCAUUCCCACUGACAUCAAUGGACAAGGCCUUUAUCACUGUUCUAGAGAUGACACCUAUCCUGGGAAUCGAAGUCAUCAACUACAGAGAUGGUUUGGGGCGAGUGCUUGCUCAGGACAUCUAUGCCAAAGAUAACCUUCCUCCGUUCCCCGCCUCGGUUAAAGAUGGCUACGCUGUACGAGCUGCUGACGGCCCUGGAGAUCGCUUCAUCAUGGGGGAGUCCCAGGCUGGACAACAGCCCACCCAUACAGUGAUGCCAGGUCAGGUGAUGAGGGUCACCACCGGAGCUCCGAUUCCCUGUGGAGCUGAUGCUGUGGUCCAAGUAGAAGAUACAGAGCUGCUGAGGGAGUCUGAAGAUGGCACAGAGGAGCUGGAGGUGAGGAUCAUGGUCCAGGCCCGGCCCGGACAGGACAUCAGGCCGAUCGGUCACGACAUCAGGCGAGGAGAGUGUGUGUUGGCUAAAGGGACUCAUAUGGGCCCGUCAGAGAUCGGCCUGCUGGCUACUGUCGGAGUGACCGAGGUCAGCGUGCACAAGUUCCCUGUGGUGGCCGUCAUGUCCACUGGAAAUGAGCUGUUGAAUCCAGAGGAUGAUCUCCACCCAGGGAAGAUCAGAGACUCUAAUCGCUCCACUCUUCUGGCCACCAUCCAGGAACAUGGAUACCCCACCAUCAAUCUGGGCAUUGUUGGAGACAACCCUGAUGACCUGCUGUCAGCUCUCCAUGAGGGAAUCAGUCGUGCCGAUGUCAUCAUCACCUCAGGGGGAGUAUCCAUGGGAGAGAAGGACUACCUGAAACAGGUGCUGGAUAUUGACCUUCAUGCUCAGAUCCACUUUGGACGAGUCUUUAUGAAGCCAGGUCUUCCUACUACCUUUGCCACAGUUGACAUUGAUGGAACUCGGAAGCUCAUCUUUGCUCUGCCAGGUAACCCGGUGUCUGCAGUAGUGACCUGUAACCUGUUUGUGAUUCCUGCUCUGAGGAAGAUGCAAGGCAUUCUGGACCCUAGACCUACAUUUAAAGCUAGGCUUUCCUGUGAUGUGAAGCUGGAUCCCAGACCAGAAUACCACCGCUGUAUUUUAACCUGGCAUCAUCAGGCGCUGCCCUGGGCACAGAGCACAGGUAACCAGGUGUCCAGCAGGCUGAUGUCGAUGCGUAGCGCCAACGGCCUGCUGAUGUUACCUCCUAAAACAGAGCAGUACGUGGAGCUGCAUAAGGGAGAGGUUGUGGACGUCAUGGUCAUCGGACGGCUAUGA